AUGUAUUCGGCGCCAGCUUUGAUCCAGCCCAUCUCGGCCUUCUUGGUCACGCUUUCGAAACCAAUCCAUCCAACUCUAUUCCCGUUCGCAUUGUUCCCUAUCCUUCAUGCCUUUCGGAUCAGUGUCGCUUAUCGGUCCUUGAACAAGCAAGCCGGAGGAGCCACCAGUGUGGUAGCCAACUUGGCUGGGUUCUUGUUGAUGGCGUGGGGCGGCUCGAUCAUUUCUCACAUCUUGCUGAAUCUGCCUAUUCCUCAACUGCUCUCAUUCAGUCCUGUGUUGCUUUAUGCCACGACACACUUCUGUCUACCUGACAUCAAGAAUCUACCGAAAUUGAAGACCCUCGACACUAUAUUCCCUUUGGUUGAUGCCUUGCUUCGUACCACCUCAAUCGCCGCCGGCGUCGAAGCUUGUCGUACCCAUCCCUCGCCAGCAAUCCGUGAAUCGCUAUCAAUUCAGCUAUUCAUCGGAGCUGUUGCUUCGUCAGGUGGUGGAAUAUCUGCUCAAACGCUCAGUGUAUGGGAACCUUCCUGGCGCUUGAAUCGGCCGAUUUUCUUGCAAGAAGGAACGAUGUUGGCUAGCACUGAUGUUUGGUCGGGAACUCUAGUGGCUGUGAUAUAUGGCUGUUUAACUGCUAGUCAUCCCGAAUAUCUAAGAUUAAUGGGAUUAAUGUAUUCUUCGUCUAUCACUAAAUCACCUCUCCUUUCGGCCAUCGAUGCUAAGGCCACUGCUGCUUCAAUCCUUGCCCUCAUAUACUGCUGGAGGGUCUAUAAUGUACAUUAUUCGAAAGCACUCAUUGCAGGGGCUCACAAGGAUACUCAAGACAAAUCAAAGAAAGAAUGA